GUCAUCCCUGAAGUCAUCCCUAAGCCCACCCGGACAUGUUAAUAGUGGCCUCAUAGAGUAAAUAACGAUGUUUUUUCCGUUAAAAUUUAACAUUUAUUUGUCAGUCUUUUCGUAAAACUUACGUUCAUAUUAACUUUUUAACGGUUUUGGUAUGUCUAAGCAGCGAAAUUCGAAAUCAGCCAAGUCCAAUGUUGGUAAACUUGCAUCAGACCAACCACAAAAUUGCGAUCAUGAUCAGAGUGCCUUGCGUGAAGGGAAAGAUGAAACUUUGUCUUCCCCAGCUACAAGAGCUCAGGAAUCCUUCAGUGUCUAUUAUGUUUCGUUAUCUGUGGUAGUUGUUUUGGUUGCGGGCCUUUUAGCCUUUUCUGUUUCUCAUCGUUUUAAAAAUUCCGUAACUGUGCCAACCAAGGCAGAUACCAAACCCAAAGGGCUGGUUCUACUUACUGAAGAAGAACUUUCCAAACAUGAUGGGUCCGAUCCUAAUGUCCCGGUAUACCUGUCAAUUCUCGGUCGAAUUUACGAUGUCGAUAAAGGAAGACAGCAUUAUGAAGUUGGGAGCGGGUACAAUGUGUUUGCAGGUCGGGAUUCCACGCCAUCGUUUGUGACAGGAGAAUUCUCAAGAGAAAAAGCUACGGAUGAUGUGAAGGGAUUAUCUCCAGAAGAAAUGUUAGGUGUCAAAGAGUGGUUAGACUUCUACAGAAAGGAUUAUAUCUAUGUUGGAAAGCUAAUUGGUCGCUACUAUGACAGUGAAGGAAAUCCCACUGAAGCACUGAAGGAAGCUAAAACAGUCAUUAAGGAAGGGCAAAAAUUAAAGAAGCUUCAAGAAGCUCAAAAUAAACGUUAUCCAGGUUGUAACUCUAAAUGGAAUGCAGAGGAAGGCUCGACAGUUUGGUGCUCUCAAAACAGGUAUGAAGAUACCAAAAUACCGAAAAAACUUUUCCAGUAUUAAGAGAUGGGAUUGGUUGUGUAAAGUCAUACAUGUAUGUCAUAAAAUGGAUUUCCAGAGCAAAUUUGUUUCCUUAAUUAAAAAAAAUGUGCCACUAAGGAGAAAGGAACACAAUUUAUAUAAAAGUACAAUGAAACAUGAGCAAUAUUUUAUGAACUGCCUAUGUUACUUUGACUUCAAACCACAAACUUUUGGCAAAUUAGUGACUUAAAUCAGAAAUUUAGGGGGCAAAAUUUUUCUUCAGAGGCCAUGCUGAAAUGUAGGCAUCUUGGAGCCUUUUUCUAGACAAGAGCUUGCACAGGGCUCAGUUGGAUGUGCCACUAGCCUCUAAGAAAAAAGUUUGAAAAUGUUUGAUUGGGUUUACCAAUCACAGUUGUCAUGUCAGUUUAGUUUUCUACAUAGCUAUAGCUAUGCUUUUCUAGGUUUUCUCCUAUACUUUAUGUACCUCAUUAUUACAAUAGAAUCUUUAGCCAAAUGUUUGUUAAUGUUUAAGUACCUUUGCUAUGGAUAUUUUGUAAAAUUCAGUAUAUCUGAAAAUUAGCAAUGUCUUUCACCCAGAUCUGAGCCCUAUUACAAAAUGAAUCUUUUGUCUUUCUCCUGCAGUGGUGGAAUAAGUCGUAGUUGGGUCGGAGUACCAAGAAAAAUGUUUAAACCAGGGAAAAAGGAUUCUAAGUGUGUGUGUAUUAAGACUACUGGCCCAUCAAGUGACACUGGUGAAGGAAAUGAUGGUGACUUGAAUAAUCCAACAAUGAAGCAGUAUGUUGGGUGUGGCAAAUAUGAUGUCUCAUGUAAACUCUAAUUUUUAUUGACAUGGAGAAAUUGAUUGCUCUCUACUUUUAAUCACUUUUAAAGUCCUUAAUCAAUUAAAUGUUAUAAAGUAAAAGUCUUCUGUUCAAAUGUAAACUUAAAUGUAAGUGGAGCCUUUUUAGUGAUGGUAGUACAUAGUUGAAUUAUAUUUGAAUAAUUGCUAUGUUUAAUUAACUUAGAUGCAUUAUCAUGGGAUAGUUUGUCAAGGGUGGCACAGGAUUCAUCAAAGUAUCGUGCUAUUAUUUAAUCAAAGUAUUCAAUGUUGGAUAUUUUAUAUUUUUUGCUAGAAAUGCAGCAAAUUAUUUCAGUCUUACACUGUCUGUACCAUACUUUACCUCAUCUGUUGUUAGAAUUUUUAAUUUUUUACACAAUUUAAAGAUUAUCCACCUCGUUGUCACAGCUCAGACUAGAAAGUUAGGUAUUUCCAAAGGACAUUUACAAUAGUUUAUAAUUUGUUCAUUAUCAGCAUCUUCAAUAUGAGAUGGAAACAGGAGCUGGAAGCUGGAAAUUGGGAUAUGGAGGAUUUUGUGUUUUUAUUGAGCUGGAACAAGGGACUUGUUCCAGCGCAUUAGAUCUUGUAAUUCAAGCGCAUUAGAUCACAUACCCAUGUAUUUUGCACUAUAUAAAUAAUGAAGUUAAAAUUAAAUUGUUUCUCAAUAUUUGCAAGAUUGGAU